CUCUCUCCCCCCCCCCCCCCUUCCCUUCCCUUCCCUUCCCCUCCCCGCCACCAAACCCUGGCCGCGCCGUCGCGCCCCGCCUCCCCUCCACGGGUCGCCUCACUAACUCACAACAAAACCGAGAGGCAGGCGCCUGGCGCGGUCCCUGCGCACACACACACACACUCCGCGAUUACCGAGCGACCGAGGAGCCACUCGCACGCCGGGAGAGGGAAAGUCGCCUCAACAAUUGCCGAACAAAGGAAAUAACCGUUAUCCGUCCCGUUAAAGGGCAUCGAAGGAGGGAGGGGACAACCCUUCCCUUCUGGCGGUUCGAGAUUUUUCUCUUUAAUGUAAUUGUGUGAGGGGAGAGAGCUGUCUUGCUCGCCCUGGGCGACUGAGGAGGAUCGGAGCCCGCGGGCGGAGAAGUGGCGCCCGCCCCUCCGUCCCUCCAUCCCAGACCGCUGCCUCAGGCUGGCUCCGCUCCUCAUCAAUCACCGCCUCCCGCUCCCCGACCACCGUUCUCUCUGGUGAUUAUUGGGCUGACCGUUUUGUUGUGCGAAUCAUGUCCGCCCGCGUCUGGUUCGUGACAGAUCGCAGGAUCCUGCAGGAUUACCCUCAGCAGGAGAUCGAACGCGCACUCCGGCAGAAAUGUGCCGAGGAGGAGGUCGAGUUUCGCAUGGUCUUGAUGGACGAGAUCGUCAUCACCAUCGAGCAGGGAGCUUUGGGAUUGCGUAUCAAUCAGGAGCUGGUAACCAGUUACCCUCAGGUGGUGGUGGUUAGAGUUCCCACUCCUUCAGUACAGAAUGACAGUGAUAUAACAUUAUUGCGCCACCUCGAGAAGAUGGGCUGUCGCCUAGCCAAUCGUCCUCAGGCCAUAUUGCACUGUGUUAACAAGUUCUGGACAUUCCAGGAACUAGCUGGUCAUGGAAUACCAUUACCUGAUACUUUCUCUUAUGGUGGCCAUGAAAAUUUUUCAAAAAUGAUUGAUGAAGCUGAACCUUUGGGUUAUCCAGUAGUAGUUAAAAACACACGAGGUCAUCGAGGUAAAGCAGUAUUCCUGGCACGGGACAAGCAUCAUUUGUCAGAUUUAUCUCACCUAAUACGACAUGAUGCUCCAUACCUUUUCCAAAAAUAUGUUAAGGAAUCCCAUGGGAAGGAUAUCCGUGUAGUGAUGGUGGGAGGCCGUGUAAUUGGUGCGAUGUUACGCUGCUCUACUGAUGGAAGAAUGCAAAGCAAUUGUUCACUAGGAGGUGUUGGUGUGCUGUACCAGUUGAGUGAGCAGGGAAAGCAGUUGGCAAUCCAGGUUUCCAAUAUUUUGGGCAUGGACAUUUGCGGUAUCGAUCUGCUCAGAAAAGAUGAUGGUUCUUUUGUAGUGUGUGAAGCCAACGCAAAUGUAGGUUUCAAAGCCUUUGACAAAGCUUGCAAUCUGGAUGUAAGCAGUAUCAUAGCGGACUACGCCCUGUCAUUACUGCCAAGCAGACUGACCAGAAAAAUGUCACUUCUUUCUGUAGUUUCCAGUGCUAGUGAAACAAGUGAGCCAGAAGUGGGGGCUCCAGUCAGCGCCAUCCCGGAGAGUGUAUUCACCAUGAGUGUGGGAUCGAGCUCCAGCGAGAGUGACCCUGAAAUAGUGGAGGUCAGGGAUUCUGACACUACUGCUUCUAGGUCCAUGCACACUGUACUGCCUGAGCCAGGCUACAACAUGAACAAUCUCAUAAAUACUGAAAUUAAAUUAUUGAGUGAGUGAGAUGAGGAAGCUCUACUAACAGGUAUAAACAGGGGUGCUUUCCCAGCUCAGCUGGAUGUAAAGGUAAAAGAAUUAACAGAAGGGACAUGAUGUAAUUUUUUUUCUUCCAUAUUAACCAUUAAGUCUGAGUUUGUGAAUAACCCUGAUUGAAUACAACUAUUAGUCCACUCCAGGUGGGUUAUGGUGUCUCGAUGCCAUUGAGGUGGGCGGGUGGGAUUGUUUAUUAAAGACAACCUGUAAACUUAAUUCAAUAAUACAAUAGGAUGAUUUCAGUUGAUUGUCUAUAAGGCAUUGCCUUGGCAAUAAGAAGGUAGUCAGUUAAUGUCUGAAAGGCAGAGACCGGUUAAUGUAGUGGAGGAAACCCUCCAUCAGUUCCAGUUAGGAAAUGCAUUGCCUCUGCUUGACAUCUCCCUAUGUUGGCAUGGUUGAUAUCAUGAACUUCCCUGCAUUUGGAAUCAAUCUCUUACCUCUAUACAAUGAACUGCCCUCCCAUGUUAUUUUCCUUAGAUUAGGUGCUUCACAUAUCCCUUGUUUUCUCUCUGCUAUACUAGCAGUGCUACUUAAUAAAGUCUGCCUGUACUGCACAUUUUUUGGGAAUUUUGGUGGGAGCAAUUUAAACUGAUGUGCUAAUUAACAAAUAAGCCAAUUAGUAUUCCAGAGCAUGUAGUCACUUACAAACUUGUAUUUCAACUGGCUUCAGAACAAAAGCAUAAGGAUGGAGUGGAAGAGGCAAUUUAAAGUAAAAUUACGGCACAUACCAAAAAUGAUACAAGCUGCAAUUUCAAUUCUUCACUUACUCUCACUAAAAAGAAAAUCCUUGAAUUGUAAGGUUAAAAUAUUGAUAAGAAAAAAACAAAUCUGCAGAAAAUGAGAGGGAAUUUAAUUGGCAGUGUGAAAAAUUACAUAGUUAAUUAUUUAAUAUUCUUAGUAGGCUUUGAAAUUUGGAAUAUGAUGUUGCCUACCAGGCUAAUUAAUGGAUAAAGGAUGCAUGUUGAGGGUGUGACUAGAAACAAUGGAAAAGUAAGUUGCUUAGAAGAAGUUUCUCUUUGUUUUAAUUUGAGAGAACAUUUUAGUGGAGAUUCAAUUAUGAGAGCGAUGGAUUCUUCCUUUUUGUCAACUCAGUUGAUUCAUUUAUAGCUCCAUAAGAACCAAUUAACAUGGAAAUAUCAGGGAAAUAAGUUGCAUAGUCUUGUCCUUUGAUGCAGAAAUGCUUUUGGUUUUCGAGUGACUAAAUUGAUGUGUGGUAUGAAUGCAUUAUGUUAUAAUGCCAGUGCUUUCUGUCAUUUUAAUUUUGCUUGCCAAUACUUAUACCAAUAUUACAAUUUAAGUUGAACAUAACAUAAACUAUUUGUCCCAUCUGAAACCAAUGUCUCCAAUAUUUUUACCCUGUAUAAUAUCAUGCAGGUUAUGGGUGAAAUGUGAAAUGCCUAUCUGCACCCUAACCAGCUGAUUUUAACAGGUGAAGUGCACAAGGUGCAAAAUGUAUAGAGGUUAAUAAGAAUUAGAAAAUCAUUUUACAUGAUUCAGAGUAGCAAAUUUGAUGUUUAUAUGCCAAAAUAUGGAUUAUCUGCUAGACAGGUAAUAUCCACAAAAUGUGUGAUGGUAGAGGGGUUGACUGAAUUCUAUCAGAUAUACCAGAAGCCAGCUCCAACUUGAGGACUGUUGAGGCUCUGUGAUCAAGUACCUGCAUUUAUGAAUUAUACCUUCCAGCAUGAUUAGCAGAAUAUUAGCAUCAUAUUGUGCUUUUCAAAUUUCAGUAAUUGUUGGUGAGUUUGAGUGCACAUUACUGAUAGUGUGACUUUUGGCAGCAAUUGUAAGUGUCAGCAAGCUCAAGGUCAGACACUAAAUGUACUAGGAUGUACAAUGUAGUAAUUUGAAACUAAUUUUAUUUAAAGUACUCAAGUUUCAAAAAUAGUUGAAGCGUAAGCUUUUAUCAUCUUACUGUUGUAAACACUGGCACUUUAAACAAAGGCCAUCAGCUUAUCUAGCUGUUGCUUAAUGAAAAAUCAAGUAAAAUUGCUCUAAGUGGCAGCUAUUAUGUGGGAUAAGCUACAUAUCAACCUGGUUAAUUCAUUACAUAUACCUAUUUUUUUAAAAAAGUGAUGAUUAGUGUAGUAUUAAAAACAAAUAUUACAUUGGGAUUGAAGUAACCUGAUAUCCAGAACAGAUUUGGCCACAGAAAUUUGUUUAUGUUUGCUGAAUUUUGACAGAUUUCCCAAAGAAAUUGGCUUGAGUUGCUGCAAAAACCCAGGUCCCCAAAUGUAAUAGAAGCAUUUCUGUAUACAAGAGUCAGUAUGAUUUUAUGCUCCACAACAAGCAGUAUGUACAUCUCAAUAAUGUUUACAUAUAACAAAAACGUGGUGCUGGGCACUCUUUGCACCAUUGCUAUACAGGACAACUCUCAAUGUAGAAUAUUGAUCUGCCAGUAUUUAAAGCAGUAAAAGAUGACAGACUCUACCUGCAGUAUUCUUCUGUACACGGAAACUAUAAUGAUCUGUGUCUGCACUUAAGUAAAAAUACUCGGCAGGUCAGGCUGCAUCUAUGGAGAGAGAUGAACAGAGUUGACAGACUAGAUCCAUGACCUUGCAUCCAACACUUUGUUUUUAUUCAGAUUUCCAGCAGCUAGUUCUUUUUGCAGAUGUGUUAUCUGUGCUUCCAUUAACUUCAAAACUAUUGCAAUUACAACAAGAGUUGAAAGAUUUGCAACAUUAUAUCCUAGAAAUAAUUGUCUUUUUAAGAUGGAUUGUGAACAUUUACUAUUCUAUAAAUAUAAUUUAUCUCAAUUUUUUAAACAGCAGUUAUUUUGGAAAAUUAAAUUUCAAAAUUUAAGGCUUUGCUUUCACACAAUGUUCUGAUUGACUACUUCCGCUCUUCUCCAGCUCCUGCUAGCUUUGAAAUAAAUAUUAAAAAUUUGUUGAAAUAUUUUGACAGCAUUAAGGAAUUAAUGGCACCAAUAUGUUGAGUACACAUCUAUAUGGAGCACCACCUUUAACUUUACUGUGCCUGGACAAGAGGGACAAGGCAAUUAACCUGCAGGAGAAAGUAUGAACAGUAACAAAAGAUUAGAGUAGAUUUGACUCUUAUUUCUCCAGUGGUUGUAAUACUCUGGUUUUGACUCCAGGUCAAAAUCAAACAUUUAAUACUUAAGCUUGCAGUUGAAGUGCCUGAGGGUCACCAAGUAGAACUGUGACCUAGUCUUCAGGGAAGUAAAGGUGAGGGAGAAAAUUCAUAUUUACAGCCACCUUUGUGAAGAAGUUGUAUAGUUUCAACAAGGGACAGAUAAUUCUAUUUGCUGGUAACAUUAUUUAUUGCAUAAACAGUAUACUUCCGUAAUCAUUCUCUUUCCUCAAACGGCAGAACAUGGAUUAGCCUUCAUGUUCUUUCCAAAGGAGUUCCUUAAUUUCCCUAUAAAUGUGAUAUUUUAAGAAUGGCCAGAUUUUGAUCUAGAUUAAAAUGUAACAGAAGAAAGGUGUUUUCUCACAGGCACUGUUAAUGACUGAAUAUUGUUACUUCUAAAUAGUUUUCUUUUCCCUGUGAAGUUAUGCAUCUUCUUCACAAAGCUAGCUUUAAAUCUUGAAUUUUCUCUUAUCCUUGCAAAUGUCCAAAAUUUAGACAUGGGGAGGCUACUGUUGUUGAGAGAGAGGCAUAACUUAUAAAGCACAUACUGUUUUUGUGAAAUUGGAGAGCUCCAGAACUGGUGGAAAAUCUCAUUCUGGUAGUGGAGAUGGUUUGCAAUUUCAGAGCAUUCAAGAGGAUGAAGGGCCUCUGUGUUUGCAUAAAUAGGUCCUGUAAAAUGCAUUUAAUGUAAUUAACUCUGGUAACUGAAGAGUGACAACAUUUUAAAAAUGCAGUAGUUCAAAGUGAAAGGGGUAAUGGAGAAGCAGCAGAAGUUUUUUCGCUGCUCUGCCCCAAAUUUUUCAGUAAUUUAAAAUAUUGAAGGUUUUACUUUUAGACUAUUAACAAUACUAUGACAAGUUGUAUAUGCAAUGGUUUGUGCACUGGAUGGAUCCUGGUUACAGUAAGACAUAUUAACACUUGGGUGAACCUGUGAGAAUUCAUGAUAUGUAGGUAGCUGUUGACCAAAUAUUUGCAGUAUGGAUCGAAGAUCUAAAUUAAUUUUUACUUUAAUAAUCUACAAAUAGUGAUUUUAAACAAAUGCAAGCCAUGCACAUGCAGAAUUUCUUUACAGAUGUGAAUUUCUUAUACCUGCGCAAAGCUCCCUUCUACAGAUUGUAAACAUAUAAAACAUUUGUCAGAUAGAUAUUCCAGCUAUUUGCUAAUCCAAUGCAAUGUGAUUAGCAGAUUAGUAUAUCCACAUCUGACUGACUAAAUAUUAUUGAAAUAAUUUUAUUAGAGGAAACUAAUGAGGGCAUGCUAAUAACUUUAAUUAUGUCAUCCACCCUUCCCCCAAUAAUUAUAGAAUGAAAUGAUGCACAGUUUUUAAAUGAGGAUAUUGGAAGAGACUUUACUCUUUCAUCCACACUUCCCUUCAUUCCAGUUUGGUUUGAGGUGUGAGCACUGGAACAAAAAUAUUAUUGCAGACCCUUAGCAUUUGCGUCUCUUCAAUGAGGAUUUUUUUUGACGUAAUACUUGAAAUUGUAAGUGUUGGUUGUCUUAACUUCAGCACGAUAGUAUCAUCAGACAAAAAAAAGCUGACUCUCCACUAUGCAGAAAACCUAACUGGAAUUCCUAAUUUAUUGUUUUAUCACAGCCUAACAUCUGUCUUUUUGCCCUAGGCAGAUUUGAGAGCAGUUCAUUUUACAGAGUAUGAAACUGAGCCAACUGUACCAACCCUGAUAUUUGGGUGCAUCUCCAGACCAACUGAGGGAGAACGGGAGAGGAAACCCUGUCCAAUUCUCCAGGCAUAAGUAGUAUGUUAUGCAUAUGUAGGUAGGAAUUAAAUUUAACUUGUAUUUAAGAGGAAAAAAAAUAUUUGAACAUCUAAAAACUGAGUUUAUGCUUUUACGGCUUAUUUCAUAAACACAGUGUUCUUUAAACAUUGGGAUAGGAAUGGGAGGGAACGGUAUGAAAAUGUACACUUUAUGAAUAAGCUGUGAGUGUUCUGGUGCACUGAACUGUACAGCUGUGAAGUUUGAAUUUAUUGAUGGUUUUACUGACUGCUUUUCUCUGUAGAGCAUUGUGUUUAGAGCAAAAUUGUUUUUUUUUGUGAAAGUAUGACUGUGCAUGCUAGACUGGGUGCCUUGUUCAAAUGUGAUUGAUGCAGUAGUCAGAAGGCCACGGAUAAGUUAGGGUAUAAGGCAUUUGCACAACCAGGUAUCCUUGACAACAUUAGGAAAAUAACUGAAGCAAUUUAAGUAACAAACCUUAAAAAUUUGUGUAAAUUACCUUUGCCGAGAUGGUUUGGGAGAUGUGCAUUACAUUUGUUUUCAAUGAUCUUUUGUUGGGGUAAAGCAGCCACAUGAGCUGCAUUUCCAUUCUGUUCAGUGUAUUGUGAAAAGUAACCUACUGGUUGUUUCUUUUUAGGUAAACUAUAGUAAGCUAAAGAGUGUUGCAUUUUCUACCCAGCAAUUUAUGUUCAGAAUCUAUAUCCUCGAUUUUACAUUGCACUUGCACAUUCUACAACGUGGAUUGUGACUUAGGGUCUGCCAAUAGUGAUAUUUGCAAUUACAUUGUCUUCAGGAUCAAACUGCUGAGAGUUGUAAAGGUGUUGACUGUGACAUUCAAACAGUGCAAAAUAAAAUUGGGGUAUGCAUUCUGUUCAAAAUGAUCUAUUCGACCCUUGGGCUGCAGUUCUGAAUGGCACAAUAGUGAUCUGCAUGAAAGGACCUUGUAUAUUAGCUGCAGAUUUUUUAUAAACCUAAAUUUGUAGCUUUUUUUGAUCUUGUCUAAAUGGCAGCUAGAAUUUUCAAAUUAAACUUAUGUAAGUUUUUCGUGUUUUGGCACACGGAGGAUAUUUUAUAAACUUAAAUUUUUUAAAAACAUUUUUACUUGUUAUUAAGUAUUCCACUUGUGAAUUGUCAUUUGGGUAUGAAAGGAAGCUGAAAUAGAAAAUGUUCCACUUGUAGAGCUGGUGCUGCUUUAUUGUGCUACUUGCGCAGCCUUGUUGUACAGCCUUUUUUUAAAGUCUGAGUGACCGCAGCCCAAAGGUAUAAUAAAACAAAUGGUAAAUCAUUUUCUGAUAGUACUUCAAGGUUUUGUUUCUGAUGAUAUGAAUGAUAUCCUUCGUUCAUUAAUGCAAACUACCUUUUUACUUUUGGCAUUAAGAGAGAAACACUUGGCCAUUUUUGGUCUCUUUGGGCAGCCAUCUAUUACAGCUGUGGGUUACUUAUUGUAUUUUUUUCAUGCGUUCACUCUGUGUGUAUGUAUGCGUGUGUGUGUGAGAGAGAGAACAUGUAUGUCUUUUGUGGUUGUACAGAUGUUAAGAGUGUGGUUAAAUGGUUGAUUUGGCAUUAUUUGAAAAUUUGAAGGACUAAUGAGAUUGAGAAUACUUGGUAGUGGUUUCAUGACCAUUUGAAUGGGAGUAAACUGAAUUCUUAAGAUCAGUAUUGUACUUUCCUUCCUAUAUGUAUGUGGAUUUUUAACAAUAAACCAACUGGAGUUUUAUUACA